AGAGCUAGCUGCUGUUUCAUUUAUUCAAAUUCCUCCUCCAUGGAAAAAGUGGGCCGGGUUUGGGCAUGAAACUCCCGGGCUGAAAAAGGGGCCCACUCCGGCCCUGGUAAUAGAUAAAAGUUUUUAAGCCUGCCAGUUCUAUUUAUAUCAUGUUUUAGAAACCAAAAUUACUUAGUGUAACACAAGCAAUAACAGAGAAAACAAUUUACCAAAUUUUUGCCUAAUUCUUAAUGCUUUCUAUUGGCUUUCGAAAAAUUAAGACCUACUGAGUGCAGCAGUCAAACGGAACAUUGAAAUUUUGUCAGAUCAAAAUCAUGUACUGAACAAGCCACUCCUAUUUUUUAACUGUUUCAAUUCCUGAAGCAACCGCUCCUCAUUUGUAGAGAUGGCUGAGAGUAUGUCAGAUGCAGAAAAAAGGCAAGAUACAUUUGAUAUUAUAUAUAUAUAUAUAUAUAUAUAGUAUUAUUAUUAUUUUUUCUUUUGUGUGUGUAUGUUUAUAGGCUAGGUUGUAAAGUACCUUGUCAUGGAGAAGACAGUUGUAUGAACUUGUAUUGUUUAAUGUGUAUUUUCAACAGUGCAGCCAAGUUUAAGUCCAAGUAUUAUUUUUCAAUGAAUGCGUAUCUGCUCUACAUAGAAGCCAAUAAUCUUGUGAAACAAUUUGGCACUGAGGAUCAAAUGGAUCAAAUUAAGAAACUGCAUCAGGUCCUUGAACAGAUGCUCCACAGCAUCCUGUUUAUAGGCAACAUUCAAGACUCAAAAUGCUGCCCAGAAGACAUCUUCUCAAAUUCAGAGCUUCAUGAUGCCACAAAAAAACUUUACCCUGGACCAUUUAAAUCGUACGAAACACAUUUGCCUAAAAGGACACCGUUCUCCUACUUUCUGGAAUUGGUCUGGACUUGCGUUUCACCUGAUGAAGAGAUGGUGAAGACUACACUGUGUGAAGUGUAUAGAUGUCAUUCACAUAAAAAGAAAAAACCACUUAUUUCACCAGUCAUAUGCAUCUGUGAGUUUGGUAGCUCUAGAUACUGUGGCGCGUCUCUGUCUUGCAGAAGUAAAACAGUAGGGAAAAUUAUGACUGCUGUGUCCUGUGCACAUGUUUGGCAUCGUUAUGUCUCAUCUGCUGUAAUGACAAGUAUAAAUACAAAAAGAAAAAGACGAAGAAAAAAUCGAAGCAUAAAAAUUCUGUGUCGAGUAGAGUGUAAUGCCUAUUGUUUGAAGAUGAAGGAACCGAAAAAGCCUUGUCUGCGCUGCCACGAGCUUUUUUCACUGCCUGGUCAUACUAGAACAAAAAAUUAUCCAGGUAACUGUGCUGAGACAGAGGCAAUAAGCAACCUCCUCCAUGCAGAACGCAGUGUGUCAAACCAGACCAUUAUAAUAAAUGGUGCAUUUAAUCAGUCAGUGAUAAAGCAAAGAAUGCAAGCUUACUUUGAGGAAGCCAUAAGUGAGUGGAGAAGAAAUGAUCCAGAGCAAAACCAGAGCCAAUAUUCACUUGAUAAGCUAUAUGUUCCUCAACAGUAAAAGAGCUUUUAGGUUGUGUUACACCGCAAGAAAAAGUGACUUCAAUCGGCUUUUCCCUUUACAUUUAACACAAAUUUGUCUUUUGUAAUUAGUGUGACCAGCAAAAAUCAACUCAAAUAUGUUAUGGUGAUAGGCGGCAGACCCAAAGAUGCAGAGUUUGAAAAGUUUUAUUUAAUAAUAAUAAACAAUAAACAGAACACAAAAGGAAAAUAAUAAGUAAACAAAAAACAAUUCGGGAACCCCGAAUGAUGCCGCUGGCGCUGCAGGCAACUGAAACAGAGAAAUAAGAACAAAAACGGAAAAUGCGAGGCGCGAACCCGGAUCGCUCAGAUGUGAGGCGUUCGCUUUCCUCGCAACACUAUCAAGUGGUGAGAGAAGAAAUCAAACCCGCGUGCUUGUAAAGGGCGCAGCGGGAGAAACAUACACCGGUAAAUAAGCCAGUGAAGUCAACGGAAAAUGGAACGCAGAGAUAGCUUUUAAACAAAAGCUGUUCCAGCGUUGUCACCAGCUUGAACUAAGCUGGGAAGGAGCCGGAAAGGAGAACGAGAAUGCCAAGAGUGCAAAUUCGAACCGGGACUGAGGGGAACGACAAAGCCAUAACUUAACCCACUCAGCCAAAGCAGUCUAGGCGAAUCUACACAAGCUUUUGGCUUAAGGACUGCUGCUGAAUAGCCGUAAGGCCAGCGUUAACCCGCUGCUAGCGUAGCAGACGGUGGCUGGCUACAAACGCUAAAAAUAAACAGCAACACGAGGGCUGCACGAAAUCGUACCGGAUGUCCCUAACGAAGAAAACCAAAACCCUGGCUUACCUCGGCCUUGCGACCUACACACCCCGACGCUCUAAUAGUGUCAGGGGUACCCGGGUUUUUCCCUACAAAGAGAGGAAAAAGGUGCGACGCCUGCAGCCUGGUGACGCCCCCUUAAAUAGGGAGACGGUAGCUGCAGGUCGUUUUCACCUAGUUGUUCUGUAAUGCCUGCGACGCUGGGAACUGGUGGUAUGUUCACCAGCCGUCGCAGGCACCCUAACAAAAUCAAUUUUUUUUACUCUAGUUCGGGUCACUUUGAUGUCACACUAAAACUUGUAACUGAUCUGCAGAAAUGUAGCCGCAGUGAAAAAAACAGACUGGAAUUCAUGUAACAUUAACAUGAAGUCGAAAGAUGAAUUUAUUCACAUCAAUCAAAAAACUGUGCAGAUAAGAGAGGGAGUAAAACUGAAAUAAUAAAAAUAAUAACAAUACAAAUUGUAAGAUAGUAUACACAUGGAUUAACAUAAGCACACUAUAGCAACAAUAAGCUGCAGUUUUUAGUUAUCGUUAGUUUUAUUUAAUCCUUUAUAGUGCAGGCAUCAUUAUGCACAGCAUUAAACAUUUAUUUCCAGUCGGUAUCUUCUAAUCUUAAACAUCUUACUUGUUUAGUUUGUACCAAUGCUUUUUACUUGUCAUCACAUUUAAAGUGCUGGAUUGAUGGCAUGCAAGCAGGGUAAAUGAAUUUAGCUCACUAUACCUAUUUGUCUACUUGUUUCUACUUUUGCUUUUGGAGAGCUUUGACUUUAAAAGAUUAAAUCCUGUCAUUCUUUGUUUGUUCUAGUUUAUGUUUUCUAGCAUGUAAUGGUAACUAAAUAAAUAAUUUCUGAUGUUUGUAAAGUUAAGAAACUUCUUGUUUAAUAACUAAUUGAUUUACAUAUGUAAUGAAGUUUGUGGAAAAAUCUGAGCUUGUAUAGUGCUAAAAGUGCUAACAAUAAAUAAAGCACCAUUGUAUUAAAA